GCAUCAGUUAAAUGUCAAUUUUCAUCCCAAAAGGAUGUCCCGGUCUCAUUCAUUCGUGUAUCACAUUCUUUGAAGCACCAUCAAUUUUCCACCCCAUUUAGUCGAUUUUUCUUUUGUUAACCACUUCCAAAUUUACCCAAGGAGCACCAGGGGCACCUUUUUCCUCCAUCAGUGUCAAUCUUGGAGAUUUCUAUGAAGUGAUUGGUCAGGCAUUCGACUUUGGGGGAUCAGCAGGAGUCUGGAAAUCGCGUACGAAUAACAUCUUUUUGUGGAUUUAUGGUUGCCACGAGCAGUGCGUGAAUCCUCAUUGUAAAUCUCCGUGGGCUGUGAAAUUGACUCCGGGGGGCUCAUGGGUGCCGAAGAGACUUGGUCCAAUGGAACGGUCGGUGGUGGAAUAUCCUGGGUUAGUGAUGGUGUCAAUGAUACCAUCAGGGCCCACUUUUCUUGCCCAUCGCUUCAGAAUCCAGCGGGCAAUUUUGUCUCGAUGCUCCUCUACGCUGUGGUGUGCGUUGUUGGCCUCUGCGGUAAUACCCUCGUCAUCUACGUUGUCGUUCGUUUCACCAAGAUGCAAACCGUCACCAAUAUGUACAUCCUCAAUUUGGCCAUUGCGGAUGAGUGCUUCCUCAUCGGAAUACCCUUUCUCAUCACUACGAUGUACGUGGGCGAGUGGAAAUUCGGCAGUGCUGCCUGCAAGGGCUACAUGAUCAGCACAUCCAUCACCCAGUUCACAUCUUCAAUCUUCCUGUUUAUCAUGUCGGCCGAUCGAUAUAUCGCCGUGUGUCAUCCUAUAUCGUCACCGCGGUAUCGUACACCUUUUGUCUCCAAGAUGGUCUCACUUGUGGCUUGGGCAACAUCUGCCCUCACAAUGGUGCCCAUCAUGCUCUACGCCAACACUGCCCAAACAAAUCGGAAUCGAACGGUUUCUUGCAUAAUUGAGUGGCCAGAGGAGGAUGAAGCACGCACAGGAACCACAUUUACCCUUUAUUCAUUCAUGCUGGGUUUCGCUAUCCCACUGUGUUUAAUCCUCAGUUUCUACUAUCUUGUCAUCCGGAAAUUGCAGACUGUCGGCCCCAAAAGUAAGUCCAAGGAGAAGAGACGUUCCCACCGCAAAGUGACCAAAUUGGUGCUGACCGUCAUCACAGCUUAUGUUGGUUGCUGGCUACCCUACUGGGUGCUUCAAAUCUCUAUGAUUUACUCCCCACCGGUUGUCUGCAAGUCUCGUUUGGAAAUCACAAUUUUUGUCCUCGUGGGAUGUCUGGGAUACUCAAAUUCCGCCAUGAAUCCCAUCCUGUACGCCUUUCUCAGUGACAACUUCAAGAAAAGCUUCUUAAAGGCGUGCACCUGUGCGGCAGCUAAAACUGCCAACGCCCAGCUUCAAAUUGAAAACAGCUUUUUUGCCAAAUUCGGAAGGAGUCGCAAUAGCGUUCUGGAGCGUCUGGGAUCAACAUCUCGUGGAGCUGCCACAACACAGACUCAUCAAGCACCCCAUAAAAAGGACAACAGAGCUGGAAGUAUUCAACAGUCACCGCCAGGGUACGAAGAGGCGUGCGAAGAGCUACAGACAUCGAGCACAGUGCCGAGAGUCACGCCAGUUCUGAACACAGAUCUCUAAGGAGGACUCUCGAGUUCCCACCGAUUUAUUCAGCCAGACACUGUCCACAGACCACAUCAAAAGUAUUCAAUUGACUUCCUUUUUUUCUGUCCAGAAGGAGGGAGUCAUCAUUUUUGCUACUGAUAGAUUUCGCAGGAACUUUCAUAAAUUAUAUAGGAAUUCUCUGCCAGGAGAAAUUUUUUGAUGGUGAAGUAAAAAGGCGUACACGUUAGCUCAUAAGGAUUUCUAAUAGUCAGUUUUUAUUUGUUACACAACGUAAGUCUAAAUAUUCAUUAGUAACUAUCUAACAUACCAAUUUCAAGUAAACAUAUUAUUGUGUAUAAAGUCGCUCUGGGAUUUGACAGAGAAAUUGAGGUGAUUUUGGGAAUGGAAUGGAAGUGACUGCGGAAAGGGACAAGGUGUAACUUGAGGUAAUCCUGUGAGUUGGGGGACGCACAAAACUAAAGGCCAAAGUGUCAGAAUCAGAACUAUACAAAUAGAGAUGAUGAAACUAAUUAAUCAGAGGGAAUUUUCACAUGACAUUCAAAUAUUUCUUGCUCUUCCUUUAUUCAGUCUCUCAAGAUUAUUCAAUUUUUCUCCUUUUAGUUUUUCCUUUUCAAAUUGAAUCUUUUGGAAUUUUUUUUCUGCAGAAACACGCUGAAUUACAACGAAUAGCAUUACUAUUCAUUUUUUCUUCUCUCUUGUCUUCAAUUGAAUCAUCUCUAUUGCUGCAAAAAAAUUAUCUGGUGGUAAGAAGAGGAGGAAUGUCUAGAAAGAAAAAUUGCGGGGUUUUUUGUAAUGAGGAAAAAAAUUGCAUUAUUUACUAUCUUCUGCAAUAUUCUUAGACCUCUAUAAAUUAUGAACAUCAUUGCCCUUUCUAAAUUGAUUACAUUUGUCAAUGUACAUGUUUGAAAAACAAUUAUACAGAGUAUUAUUAUUAAAACAAAAAAAGAAAAAAAAGUGACGAAGUCUCUUGGAGAGCAUGUGAAUAGAGUUUUCUCUAUUCUCAUUUAACUUAUUAAAAUAAUAUAUAUUUUAAGGAUGGAUAAUUUUAAGGAUGUUGACAGAGAAUGAAAUAAAAUAUCAAAUUUUUUCCUUUAUGUCAACGUUUAAUCUAUGGAUGGAAGAAAAGAAUAAUGAUGAUUUUAGAGAAAGAUAAAGUUGUUCUUUCUGUCUAUUCUACCCCAUUUUAUUCUUAUUUUGCCAUACUCCAAAAGUCCCUAAAGUACACUGACUUUAAACCCGUAUUUAUUAUUUCUUUUUUAAACUCUUUUUCUCUAUAAUAGUAUUUUCCUCAUUUCUAACUUUGUUGGGCACAUCGAGGGUAAAGAAGUCUGAAGAAAAGCUUGCCAAAUUUGCAUUUUGCAACUGCAUUGGAAUACUUAAUGCUUUUGUAAUGAAAAAUUUUAAGUGACAUGAAAUAAGUCGUUAUGCUUCAAUCAAAUGAAGACAUGGAGACUGUUUCUUUAAUGCCUUUUCAGAUCGAUGUCAGACAAAAAUCUUCAAAUAAGCCUUAAAAUUGAAAAAAAAAAUUAAAAACAACUUUCCUUUUAUAAGAAAUUUAAGGAAUAAAGCGUGUCCACGAUAAGAUUGUUCCCAAGAAUAAUGCUUUAAAAAUGAAGUCUACAUAAUAUUUAAAAA